GAAGUGAUAAGGAGGGCAUUAUAAGCUUGCAGCGUCGCCGUGCCAUGGACCAACUUGUACACAUCGCACGAUGGUUGACCUACAGGACGUGGCCGACGCCUGGCUUACCAAGUUCGCCGUCGCGGUGUUCUCUGGUGACGUUGCAGCGACGGUAGACUGCUUCAUACCCAAUGGCUGGCUUCGCGAUGUGCUAAUCUUCACUUGGGACACUCGUUCGCUCGAGGGUCGCGAAAAGAUAGCCGCAUACCUUCAGGACACUCUCUCUUCGGCGCACAUUUCAAACUUCAAGCUCGACGAAAAGCCUGGUCUGAAGCCAGAGCACGCGCUUGAUAGAGCUGUCGCGACAGGGUUCACUUUCGAAACCCCGGAUCGUACUGGACGUGGAUAUGCCUACCUGGUGAAAGAUGACGGGUCAUCCGAAUGGAAAGCUUUAUCAGUCUUCAUGAUGGUGGAGGAGAUCAAGGACCACGAGGAAUUGGGUCCGGAGCUCGGUGUCUAUGGUGGACAUACGCUCUCUUGGGAAGAAGUGAACGCUGCACGCCGGGCUGCUAUCGAAAGCGAUCCCUACGUGGUUAUAAUCGGAGCGGGACAGACUGGGCUGAACAUUGCAGCUCGCUUCAAGCAGAUGAACAUACCAACAAUCGUCGUAGAAAGGAACAGACGAGUCGGCGAUCAGUGGAGACAACGCUAUCCGACGUUAUCGUUGCAUACAACGCGCGCCCAUCAUACCUUGCUGUACCAGCCCUAUCCUCUUAACUGGCCGAAAUACACCCCGCGUGAUAAAGUUGCCGACUGGCUGGAGCAAUACGUCCAUUCUCAGGAUCUCAUUGUUUGGACCAAUUCACACAUUCUUCCUGACCCGAUUUACGACGUCAAGGAGAAACGGUGGCAUAUCGUUGUCAGUAAAGAUGGAAGCGAAGUAAAGCUGAACCCAGCCCACACCGUUAUCUGCGUAGGCACUCUUGGAGCGCCUUCAAUUCCCGACGUUCCAGAUAGAGAUGUCUUCCAAGGAGAUGUCAUACAUGCGAGCACGUACAAGGGCGGAGAGCCAUAUGCUGGCAAGAAAACCAUCGUCGUCGGAGCCGGCAACACAUCGGCAGAUAUCUGUCAAGAUCUCUCCUUCCGUGGUGCAAAGUCAGUCACUAUGGUGCAACGCUCGUCAACCUGCGUGGUAUCGUCGAAGACGAUCGCCGGCGUGAUGUCGGUGGCAUUUCCGGAUGGCGUACCAUACGAGAUAUGCGACAUCAAGUACUGGUCCAUGCCGCUGAACCUACAGCGGAAGAUGGCGCGAGCACGAGAAGCUUUAAUGUGGGAGACGGAGAAGGACCUGCAUGAUCAGCUCAAGAAAGGCGGAUUGAAGCUGAACAUGGGAAGAGACGGUUCCGGACAGCACUUCCUAAUAUAUGAGCGGUCUGGAGGCUUUUGGAUCGACGUAGGUUGUGGUCCGCUAAUUGGUUCCGGAACGGUCAAGGUCAAGCAAGGUGUUGAGCUCAAGCGACUUACCAAGAAUGGAGCUGUGUUUACAGAUGAUUCUGAGGUGGAAGCCGAUCUGGUCGUCUUCGCAACAGGGUAUUUGGAUCCUCGAGAUAGUUUGAAAGAAACUUUCGGGAAGGAGACCAUCGAACAGACAAGUCCGUUAUGGGGUCUAGACGAGGAAGGCGAGAUUCGAGGUGCCUAUAGACGAUCAGGCCAUCCAGGCAUAUGGUACGGCGCAGGCGAUUUUUCAAUGUCGCGGCCGCUGUCCAAACAACUGGCACUCCAAAUUAAAGCGAUCCAGUUGGGAAUGAUGCCUCAAUAAGACGGAGAAGCCACGGCCUGUUGUUGUAGCAGAACGAGGAUCUAUACAGUUAGAGGUUCGUAUGCUGUGGUGAGAUUCUUGCAUAUAUCUUGAAUCCUGUAGAUAGUGUGUCUGCUACUGCUGUCAAGUAUCCGCACCACGUCUUCACAUUGCACUGGAUCAAUGACCCACAUGAGAGUCGCU